UUAAGAUCACUUGAACACAGACAACGUAGCGGAGCUGCAUGACCCCACACGCCUGCACUGUGGAGUCUGUCUGACAGACAGAUAGAUAUAUAGAUAUAUAGGUAUACAUAGAGCUGCAGUGUAUAUAUGUUGUGGUCAGUGCACAGCGACGAGAGUAAGAGACACAGACAAGAUGAGAGAGCUGUUUGGAGCUGCUUGCUUCACUAUAGGUUUCCUGCAAUGUCUGGGGGAAGCAGAGACGUUUGCCUGCGGCCAGAGGAUUGUGGGAGCAAGUCGUAUCGUGGGGGGAAGUGAUGCGCAGAAAGGGGCGUGGCCCUGGCAGGUCAGCAUCAUGAGAGACGGCUUUCCCUUCUGCGGGGGAUCCCUGAUCGACAAGAAUUGGAUCCUGAGCGCAGCACACUGCUUCCAGAGUUCCAGCAAUGUAAAACUCUACACAGUGCGCCUGGGGGCCCUGUCUCUGAGCCAGCAGCAGGGUGUGGACAGGAGGUUGCUGCGCAUUGUUGUGAGACCCGGGUUCAAGUCCGCUGAUAAGGGAGACGAUGCUGCCCUGUUAGAGCUGGAGCAGCCCGCCCCCCUCUCCGAAACCAUCCUCCCGGUGUGCCUGCCCAGCCCCUCCACCUCCUUCACAACGGGGCAGCAGUGCUGGGUGACUGGCUGGGGCAACGUCAAGGAGGGAGUGCCCCUGUCCGCUCCCCGCACUCUGCAGCAGGUCGUGGUUCCUGUCGUGGGCAGCGAGUCCUGUGACACCAUGUACCACAUUGGCACCUCCGUCAGCAAGAGCGUGCCCCUCAUCCUACCAGACAUGAUCUGCGCGGGGUACCAGGAGGGGCGCCGGGACUCCUGUCAGGGAGACUCUGGGGGUCCCUUGGUGUGCCCCAGUCCGGACGGUUCCUGGAUCCUGGCCGGGAUUGUCAGCUGGGGGGACGGCUGCGCCCAGCCCAACCGCCCGGGGGUGUACUCGCGUGUCACUUCCUUCCUGUCCUGGAUCCAGGAGACCCAGGGGCUGCCAGUCCAAACCACUUCCGGGUCGAGCGCCAGCGGCACUCAGAACUCCCAGUCCAGUCCCGAAUCCACCCUGAUCUCCGGGACCACUGGCGUGUUGUCCCAAAUUAAACCGUCGAACUCCAAGGCUUCCUCUUUCAAACCCAGCACCUUCAGCCCGCUGGCACUGGCUGUACUGACUUUGUUAGCGUUAUAAAGAACAGGGAUGGAAAUACAUUUACAAAGACUAACAGACCAGUGAAAUCCUCCUUGAUCCUGAAACCGGGUUUGUUAACAUUAGAACUAUGGCAGCUGUCAUUUUGACUGUAAACACAGUGUUUUUGGCUGCGCGCUUGCUUUGAAAAGCUAACGGAGACAUUUUCAGACGUGAAAAAUAACUUAACUAGACCUUUAAUUGAACUUUGCUUAAUUAGACAUAUUUACUUGUUUUCAGCUCUAAAACAGUUGCAGUUCAAUUUAUUUAUCAAAUGUUACAGCUAGUUUGAAAUACGCAAUUGUUCCAAGAGUUGAAAACAGGUAAAGAGGUCUAAUUGAAUGAAAACCAGCAGCCGCAGGGGGUCCCCAGGACCGAGUUUGAGAAGCCCCCUAUAGAGUACGUUUGAGUGUUUGUUGUGCCCUGACUUUUCUGUCCUUUAAGAGUUGGUCCCUGUUAAGACAAUUCGCGUCUCUCGAUCACAGCUGAGAAACACGUUCAUAAAAUUGAUUCCUUUCACUGCGUUUUUUUUUUGUUCCCUGUGAAACUACUAAUCUGGCUCUCAUCUCGAAGCUCUUUCUCGAUGGAAAUCCAGUCACGCCGCGGCACGGCUGUGAUAAAGCGCCUCCUGCAGAAAAACGCUUUUAUUUUUCAUCAGAGCUGCGAUAAAGACGAGUCGCUUAUUUGCGCGUCAUUUGUACGUUCUGCUUGUAAAUGAAAAAAUUGAGUUCCACAGCAAAACAGGCGGGUGUGUGGGAAGCUGGCUUUGAAAUCCUGAUAAAAAUUAAACUGCACUUAUUAGCUACUCUCUCCAAACCUCUCCUGUGUUUUUAAUGCUUGUUUUGUCGCGUUCCUCGGGCGAUUUAUCUGCUUUGUAAUGCUUCGAUAAGCGAGUGUUUGUGACUCUGCACCCUGCUCCCUAACCCGUGAUUUUGUUUGGAGAAAGGAUGCAGUAAAUCAAGUAAACAAAAGUCAUUUUUGUCCGGUUGUCUCGUUUGUAAAUAUU